AUACUGGACUACCUAAUAAUUUCAUCUGGUGGAGGUGAGAAACAUCAAACUGUAGCUAAGAGAUAAAAAGGGUAAUGGCACGUGUACAUUCAUGACCGACACGGGGAUUCCUCAACCACACCUGCUGCAAUCUUACGUGGCAACUCAUCUCCAUGCAUUGCACCGUCGCACUCCACGUGCCACUCCCUGCCCCCAAACCACCACCGCCCUCCACUCAUAACCACCGCCAACUGUUAAACCAUUCAUUUCUUUGGCCUCCCUCCCAUUAGGUUUUCAAACAAAAUUUGAAAAUUUAUAGAAAAACAAGGACCGCUGAGCAAUUUUAAUAUUCACCAUCGUCAGUCGUCGCCAUGGCCCCAUUUGAAGUCUUUGACCUAGUUUCUCACCACCUUGACCCCAAAACCCUAGCCAUAUCCUCUUGUGUCUGCAAGUCAUGGUUCGUUUCCAUGUCCUCCGACCACCUAUGGUGGCCCAUUUGCACUUCCCAUUUCCCUUCUCUUUCUAUCCUUAAACUCACUAACCCUACCGUCUCCUACCGCCGCCUCUAUGUCAUCGGUCGAGCUGCCGCCAAACGCCGCCAGAAAACCCCCUCGAAACCUCGCCUUUCCCUUGAUAGCCUCAUCUUCACGAUCAACAUCUUCAACCCCAACUUAUCAAGCAAUGUCCUGUCUCUGGAAAAAUCUGGAAGCGAACUCGUUAUGGAUCCCAGCGGGAUUUUUAAGUUCGAUAUUGAUGUUAGUGACUACAAUGGAUUUGAAGCGUGGGAGGAUCGGGGAGCAGUGAGAGUGACAUGGAAUGUGGUGUUGGAAGGGUGGAGGGGUGUUUUUGAGAUGAUGGACUGUGAAGGGAAAGGGAUGGAGGGGUGGUUUUCUGAGGAGCUUCCUUCGCCAGCGGGGUGCUGCUCGAGCGUGGUUACUAGUGGAAUUGUGGCGGAUUUGAAGUUGGGGUUUUGUGAUGGGAGGAGGGUGAAGAAAGUGAGUGUUGGGAUGUUGAGUAUUGGAGAUUGGAGAUAUGUGAGUAUUGACGAUGCUCUAAGAUACUUGCAACAUUUUCUUCUACCUUGUGUUGUAUGAAUCAAUCUUAAUCAACUAGCAAAUUGAUCUGCUCAUGUAUGUUUAUAUGCGCUGUUUUGUCUUGUUUUAUUUUUCUUUUCUUUUUUUUAUGAAUUUUAGUUACAUGAUUAGUUUUUUUAGCGCAAAGGAACGGAUAGUUUCUUUAUUAUUUUUAGAAUUAAUUAGUGGAAUGUGAGUAGAAAAUUAUAAUCUGAUGUUUCAGAGAAUUGUUCGUUAGGCACCGUAUAAUGUCAUUAGUGGAUUGUGUGUACUUAUGGAUUACUAAGUGCAUUCUUAAUUACGUGGAAUUCUUCUUCUUCUUCUUCUUCUUUUUUUUUUUUUGUUACGUUGAUAUUACGAUAGGGAGAUUAUUUUGUUGAUAUAUCAAGUUAUCAACAUUGUACAAAAAGAUUUCAUUAGGCUCUAUAUGUUAAUAAAGAGUAGGAUAUGAAGCUAGCUAGGAUACGUGGGUGGGACAUGAGGAUAGCGUUUGAAAGUAAAAUGCGUUUAUGACGUGGAAUAUAAAACAUGCGGAUAUGGUUUAAGUGAGUCGAAUGAGCUAAAAAUGAAGAGUAUAUGGACAUUAACAGGAAAUUUGAUGGAAGAAUCAUAAGUAUUAUGUCCUUCUAGGAAACUAGAUGGGUUGUUCAUGAGGGAAAGGAUCUUCAAGAUUUAGGUUCUAAGUUCCGGUAUUCAGACACAAUUUUAUAUUGAGAAACAGUGUGGUAUUAUCACGGAUAAGAUUCUAACAAAAAUGUAGAUAUUAAGAGGCUCGAGGAUAGAGUUAUAGUAAUCAAGAUUUUAACAGGAUCAGAACUCAUCAAUGAGAUUAGUGUUUAUGCGCUUGAAGUUGGGGAGACUUUUUUCAAGAUAUCUUUCAGACGGAGAUGCUACUUAUAAGAGGAGAUUUAAAUGGACAUGGCGCAAUGAGACAUGCAACUAUAAAGAUUUUUAUGGUGGCCAUAAGUUUGAGGAGAGAUGAGAGGAAGAAGAAGCCAUUUUGAAUUAUGAUCUCUUUCUAGCUAAUAUCUUCUUUAAGAAGAUUGAAGAGUAUGUGAUCACUUGGAAGAAUGUAUUGGCUUCCCUUUUACAUGUUUUUUUCUCUUUUUAAAGAAGGUAUUAGCUAAAAUGAGAUUGUAUGUC